CUCAAGAGCAGCAAAAGGCUGGCCUCGUCGUCCGGGACGGUUCGACUUUUUAGAAAGCUAUUCCUUUUACUGGGAAUGCAAAAUCUGGUACUGGGGAGCUACUGGUCUAUCGAACGCUGUAUCAUGCCUGUGGGAUUUGACUAUUGGACGCCGUUUUUAUGUCAAGUCAUAUCAUAGGUGUCCUAUAUCUACAGACCUUGCGACGAUGCAUUUCGUCAGGUCACACACCAACAUUCCCAUUCCUCGCGUCUAUUUUAGUUUUCGCUGGCUCUCCUACCGCUAUGUAAUCAUGGAUCGCAUUCCUGGUGUAGAACUUGAUGACGUCUGGCGAGACAUGCCUCUAGAUGGAAAAAUCGCCAUCGCAGCACAGCUGAGAGGCUAUUUCAAUCAGCUACGUGCCAUUCCACCUUCCGCCUCCCCUACUAUCUGCUCCGUCACCGGGGGACCUUUCAUUUGCAGUCGCCUGCACGCAGACAUGGAGUGGUGUGGGCCUUUCCAAGAUGAGGAACACAUGAACUCCCAGUUGCGACGCCUCCGACCCCUAGAGAAGUUUGAUGAAAUUGUUCAGGCCAGUCAUCGGCUCGUGCAUCCCCUAGUUUUUACUCAUAAUGAUUUUGCACCCCGCAAUGUCAUGGUGAAGGAGACGCCUCUUGGUUGGAAAGUAACUGGUGUCAUUGACUGGGAAUGUGCCGGCUGGCUUCCUUCUCAUUGGGAGUACUGCAAAUCACUCAAUUGGAACUGUUUAAAUGCGAACUGUGGUUCUUGGAAUUGGGAAGGCUGGAUACCUAAAAUACUCGAGCCGUUCGACCUGGAAGCAGAGGCAGAUAGAAAGCUGUUACCUCCUCCGACGUUCCAUGUCCUGUAGCAGACAUUUGAUUUUCCUACUAUGUUCACCCUCCCACGUACCCUGCCACCCUCCAACUCAUUUCCCACUACACGCAGCGCAUCCCAAGCGUCGUCCUCUGUACCUAUCGUCGUCGAGCUGACUGGUGGCUGAUUUCCCUUCAAUGGGUCCAUGGCUUCUGAUAGUAGUCGAUAGUCGGUGUUCCUGUUUAUUCAGUGUCUUUUUUAAGGUUUCAGUACUUCAUUUGAUGGGAGAUAAAGCACGAUGGGUUCUGGUUGAUGGCUAUCGUUGAAGGACCAUUUGGUCGCAGUUGUCGUUCGCAGUUUACGUGCCACAGACGUUACCCCAGCGCUUGGGGACGCAUCGAACCAUCUAAAUAAGACGUAUACAUGAUGAGCUAGUAAACAACGUAAAUAAAACGGACAUAUAAUCAG